GAGAACAAGUUGAAACAAUGGCUACUGUAGCAGAAGUGUGGCAUGCUCUACAAAAUCAAUUUGCAGGCAAAUCAAACAAGAUGCAGGCUACUCAUAUUAUGCAUGAGUUGUUACAUUUAAAGCAAUGUACAAAAUCAGUGACUGAGUAUUCUGGUGAAUUGAAAAAAAUAUACAUAGAUUUACAUUAUUAUCAUCCGUUUGAGCCUAUUGACCAAAAGGAUAUGGCCAUUCAUUACACAUUGUUCCAGUCAUUGGUGAGCAAACUUUUUCUUGAUGGGUUGAACCAAGAAUUUGACCUCCGUCGGCAGCUUAUCUUCUCUAAGUCCGAAUGGCCUACUCUUGAUGAGAUAAUUUCUAGCAUUGUAGAACAGAAAACCAGGUUGUCACAUUCCAAAGUGGAUGAAUAUAAAGCAGUUGAUGCUAGUGCUGCCUUAUCGGCAAAGAAGAGCCGCCCAUCUGUCUUCCGAGGGGAUCAAGAAAGAAAUAAGGUGAUUUGUGAUCAUUGUGGUGAUAAGGGGCACACUAUAGAGAGAUGCUUUAAGCUGCAUGGUUUUCCACCUGGGUGGAAAAAAGGAGAAAAAUCUCAGCCAGGGGGAGUUCGAGGUGCUAAUUGGAAUCGAGCCCAUCAUACUGCAUCUGAAAAGGAACUUCCAGUGGUAGAUACUCAAGCUCUUGAGAAAUACAACUCCAAGCUCAAACUCUCUGAAGGCUCAUCUUCUACUCAAGGUUCUUCUACUAAUUCCAGUUAUCAUGCCACUUCCCAAGGAGCUAGGGACAGAGAGAAUUCUUGGGACUGGGACCGUGCAUAAUGGACUCUAUUAUCUUGAUGAAGGAAGUGAUGAAGUUGCUUUUGCUUCCAAGAUGUCUCCAUGUCAAGAAUUAAUAUUACUCCACCGCAGGCUUGGACACCCUUCUUUUGCUUCUAUGUCUCGUAGUUAUCCUACACUUUUUAAUACAUGUCCUAAGGAAUCUCUUGUAUGUGAUGCAUGUGAGUUUGCUAAACAUACAAGAGUUCACUAUCCUAGUUUGGGUUUAAGAAGUAAUAGACCAUUUGAUGUGAUUCAUUCUGA